AUGGCGUCACACUUGUCGGGAGAUACUGUUAAGAAUGAAGCGGAUCAAAAACUUAUUCAAGAGUUACCAUUACCAGUAACAGCUUUUUUGGAACAAGUUUUAACAGAAAUUGAAACAAUUAGUCCUUUAAAUCUUGUUCCUGUAACCGAUGUAAUUAGACAAGAUUAG